AUGGCAGGCCAAGAGGCAUUUCUGUGGAACCAAAACAGUGCCAAUCAAGCAAGCAACAUCAGUGGCAUGAUGAACCAUGAUUUGGAGACACAUUGUACUGCAAUCCCAUUUGAAGCCACUGCUCAAUCUUCUUCAAGUGGUCGGAAUCAAUGGUUACAAUCCAUAAUGGAUGAUGGAGGUAAUAUCAAUGCUACUCUAUCUGCUACACCACGAAUACAAAAAGUUCCACCAGCACUGCGAAUGAACACAGAUAACGGGAAAUACUAUGAACCCCAUUUGGUUUCAUUUGGUCCAUACCACCACGGCAAAGCUGAGCUUGAGCCAGUUGAAAAAUCUAAGGCUACAAUCGUGAGACAGUUUGUUCUAGGGAGUGGCAAACCGAUAGAUGAUUUCUACAACAAGGUUGUGGAGUUGGCUGACAAUGCUAGGAACUGCUAUCUUGAAGGCUCAACAGAUGCCUUCACUCAUGAAGAAUUUGCGCAGAUGCUGUUCCUCGAUGGUUGUUUCAUUCUCUGUGUGAUUGAAUGCAUAGCAUAUGGCAAUGUGGAUCUUGCUAAAAUAAUAAUUGGUCAUCUAGGCCUCUUUACAUCGAGUCGUGUUUUGGCAGAAAUGUUCUUAUUGGAAAAUCAGCUUCCAUUCCUCGUUCUAUGGAACUUGGCGAAAAUAAAAUUCCAAGGAGAUGCAGGGGAGCAAAUGAUUGAUACAUUCAUUUAUCAUGUCACCUCAACCAUCCCACCGAGUCAAAUUAGGUCGAAGAUAGCACAAGGUGAAGUCAAGAAACCCCUUCAUCUCCUUGAACUCAUGAGGUUAAAACUACUAUGCCAAUAUGACUAUCAACAGGCUGAGCUCAGCAAAUUUGAACUGAUCAGGCCAAGGAAGAACUAUCCUGGCACUCUGAGGGAUUAUUCUCAUUCAUUCCGUUCAGUCAUGGAACUCAAGGCAAAGGGAAUUCAUGUCAAGCCUAGCAGCACUGGCUACUUCACAGGCAUCAACUUCAAAUCAAACUACAUCUCUGGAGAGCUUAAACUUCCUCCUAUCAUGAUUACCCCUUUUAGCAAGCAUUUAUUUUUGAACUUGAUUGCCUAUGAAAUGUGCCCGGAUACUCCCAAUGACUUGGGUGUCACCUUUUAUAUCCAUUUUAUGAAGUCCCUCAUUGAUCACCCUGAUGAUGUAAAGGACGAUGAAGAAGUAGCCAGAACUUUCCGGGAGGUGGAAACUCCACUGAUGUUGCACAUUGACACAUAUGAAGAUGUUAAGCAGUGCAUUCAAAAGCACUAUAAUAACAAGAUGAGGACUUACAUGGCUGAAAUGAUCCACAACCAUUUUAGUAAUCCUUGGACAGUUGUUGCUUUCCUGACUGCAAUUUUUCUCAUUGCCUUGAGUGUUAUCCAGGCUUACUUUACCAUGUUCCCUCUACCUGACAAUCAUGGUUUCUCUUGUUGGGUAUCUUGGUGGUUGGUCGAUAACAUGAAUUCCAUUCCUCAUGGUUAUGGAAACAUUCCCUCUGGUAGCUAUGCAACUAUGUUGAAUUUUCCAACACAAACUGGGCAGCUUACAAUGCAAUAUGAACCCGCCAUUGUGCUGAAAUUAUUUGGGCUGGAGGAAGAAGAUGCUCUUAGCAUAGUUCUCUUGCAAAUGAAGUAUAAUGGAUAUUUGAUGUCUCAAUCUUGA